AUGUCUCAUAGACGGAACUCGAAAACCACCAAAAGACCGUCGAGAGGCCAGUCGUAUAGGAAUGAUGUAACAGGAAGUUCCUCACGAAAAUAUCCGACACCAUGGUCGGAGUGGAAGUAUGAUGACCAGUCCGGGCGAAGAAUCUCUAGUCGCGAGACUGCCCCUGAUGUUUGGCAGGACGAAUAUGAUCCUCCCUAUGGAGAAAAUGAUGAAGCCUCUUGGCCCAUCCCAAAUACUGCAGCUUCUCUACCAAUUGAGGAUACAACGGUCUCAUCCCCGAUCGCAGAGUCUCCCCAUUCGCCAUCAGACAAGAAUUAUACCUUGGAUGCACCCCCAAACGAAUUUGAAAAUCUAGCGCAUGGUCUGCAAAACACCAGUCUAAAUGAUGCUCUGCCUGUUAAACCCUCUAAAUUGGGCAAACAUAUCCGCACACGGCACCCUGAAAAGACAUACGAGAACAAUGUUCUAGGGGGACCGGAAUACAAGGUUCACAGGCAACGAGAUUUCAAAGAAGGGAAGGUUUUGGUAAUGAACUGGGUAGAACCUAGAGGCGGCGGAGGUAGUAGAGGAAGCAACACAGUCAUUACUGCCGAGCGUCGACAUGGCCCAGACGGGAAAGACCAUUUUGCUAAACAACGCCGAUUUCUCAUUGUCAAGCCGUCGGAUGGUCAUUGCAGUGCUCUACCCAUUCUCACAUAUGGCAAUCAAGGGCUCACCAAGCACGGUGUGCAUGCUGAUCAUCAUACUAUGAUCUAUACCGGCGAAUAUCCACCAAAACCCCUUCCUGGCGAGGAAAAUCUACUCAAACGGGAACCUAUCAAAAUGGUACCAGAUAAACCCAACUAUAGGCUUGAUGGCGCCUCUAGACUUAACUAUGCCAAGAUAUACACCAUCGAAUACAAUGUGAAGGUCAAGUUCAUUGGGAGAAUUCACCCGGACUGGACCUGGCUGGUGGUCGCCAAUUAUAAUUCGAUCCAUCCACAGCUGAACGAGUUCAGGAGCUGGACUAGUGCGGCUCUCACCUAUGACGAAGGUCCAAAUCAUGAAAUGUCAUCUACCGCAUCAGGGCGUGGUAGUUCAGCAUAUGAGAAUAGUGGCUCCAAUGCAACAGGGCUUGGCGGGUCUUCGACUGCGUAUGGUGAUUACAGCGCUGGAGCCAGUUUCCGGAACGUAACUACCUCCAACACCAACAAUGCUGGGUCUAGUCAGCAAGGCAGCUCUGGGCAAGGUUAUUAUGAGCAGCCACGCACCCCAGCGCCGUACACGGUUACUUAUAGCACCACGACUCAACAGGGCGGGCAUACAUCGUCAGCGUAUCCUGCAGCAUAUGGGGCUAAUACAUUAGCGUAUUCUGGAUCAUAUGGAAGCGAUACAUCAAUGUAUGCCACCACUGCAACAUAUGCGGUUAAUACAUCAUUGUUUCCUGGAGCACAUAUCGGCCACGCAGAUUCGAACGAUAGCCAGCAAGAUCGUGACGAGGGCCCACUUCCGUCACAUUACGAAAGCUACGAACACCACGAUGAUAUUUACGACGAUUAA